AUGUCCGAAACCCACUUUGCAGUUGAAUCCGACCAAGCUCAGUUGCUCCUCAACAAAGCGGUCGAAUUCCUUCAAGCCCAUCCUCUUGAGAGUUCUAUUGCUCUAGCAGUUGCUUCGCUGGGGGGAUACGCUUUCAGGCACCUCAUCGGGCCUUCGUACUACCCUAACAUCGAUGGCCCAUCAAAUAAUAACACUAUGUUUGGGCACCUAUUUGAUGUGCACUCCGCUCAAGGAAUUACUUUCCACAACGAACUUCAAGACAAGUAUGGCUCAGUGUCUAAAAUCUACGGAAUGCUUGGUAGGGAAGACCUGUUUGUGUCCGACCCGAGGUUUAUACAUGAGGUCCUUGUCAAGGGAGUGGAUGUUACCUUCCGUCAUCCACAGUUCUUUUACGAUUUCAGCGCAAUCAGCUUUGGCCCGGGUUUGCUCGCAACGACGGAUAACGUGCACAAAGCACAACGCAAGAUGCUUAACCCGGUAUUCACAAGUAAACAUAUGAGAUCAUUGGUCCCCAUAUUCGAGUCAAUUGCUCAGGAUAUGAAACGCUCCAUGAUUAAAGAUAUAGGUGGAGUACCAGGGAAAGAAAUCGACAUGCUGAAGUGGUGUAGCGCCACUGCUCUUGAGUUAAUCGGGCAAGCAGGACUUGGGCACACGUUCGGUGUUCUCGAGGGCACCGACUCAGCUUACAGCCGUGCUGUCAAGGACUUCCUGCCUGCUCUAUCCAAUGUGGUACCCCUGAAGGCAUUUUUUCCCAUACUGCACAACUUGAGGCCCACCACUCUGCAACGCAAGCUAGCUGACUGGGCGCCUAUUUCAUCUGUACGCAAGCUGAAACAAAUCAUCGAUGUGCAGGACGAGCAGGCUCAAUCGAUCCUUGAGCAGAAAAAGGAAAAGCUGAAGCAUAAUCAAGUAGAUAAGGGAGAAGAUUCACAUGACAUCAUGUCUGUUUUGCUCAAGGCAAACAUGGAAGCCGACAAAAAAGACAGACUUCCGGAGGAUCAGCUUCUUGGUCAGAUGAAUACUUUGAUCUUUGCUGGUCACGAAACUACCAGUGGGGCCUUGAGCCGGAUUUUACAGUUGCUAGCAAUGAACCCGGCUAUACAGGACCGUCUCCGUGACGAACUCCUCGAAGCCCCGGCCCAGCUUACAUACGAUGACCUCCAUAGCCUACCAUACAUGGAUGCGCUGUGCCGCGAAACAUUGCGGCUCUAUCCUCCGGCAGCAAUGAUCGAAAGGGAAGCUAUGGUUGACUGCACGGUCCCUUUGAGAUACCCAAUCAAGGGCAAGAAUGGGGAGGAGAUUAGAGAGAUUCGAGUCAGGAAAGGCACGAAUAUUUAUGUCUCUAUCAAAGAGGCCAACCGUUCCAAAGAGACCUGGGGAGAAGACGCCGAUGUGUUCCGGCCAGAAAGAUGGCUUGAGAAGCUCCCUGACUCUGUAUCUGAUGCAAAGACCUCGGGCGUUUACUCGUCUAUGAUGACCUUUUCUGCGGGUCCCAGAGCGUGCAUUGGCUUUAAGUUUUCCUUGCUUGAGCUUAAAACUGUUCUAUCGACACUCGUCAAAUCGUUCAAAUUCGAGCCCGGGAACACCCGUACGGUCUGGUUGAUGAGUGGCACCAUGGUUCCGUAUGUGGAAGGGACCAAAGGUCUACUUGAAGACGGGAAGUCUCCCACUAUGCCUCUUAAAGUAUCUGUAUUGUAG